AUGUCUGUUCCGAAUCUCUUAGUGCAUUUCCGGCUUCCUCCUCGUCAGGUCUUUGAUUGGCCUCCUGAUGAUGCCUCUCAAGCAGCUUUUCCGUAUACACAGACCAAAGCAACAUGGAUGCACCCGAUUGAGAUCCCCUCCUAUGUGUUUGGCUAUCUUGCAGACGUCAAGGCACCUAUAACAAUAGCCUCGGUCUAUAUAAUGACUGUGGUUCUACUCAACAACUUGAAUAAGACCCGAGGAAAUCGACCUUGGACAUUUGCCACGACAGCGCCUUUCAAGUUAUUAGUGAUACUUCACAAUAUAUUCCUUGCUACAUUCUCAGCAUGGACGCUCGCUGGCCUCUGCUUCGUGCUUUGGAGUUGCUGGCCAUCCAUGUCAGAUCCGAACUUUGUCGCUCGUGUUGCGAAUACAAUGUGUCAAAUCACUCCAACUGGUGAAUUCGGUUAUUCUGAAAACCCUGAAUUGCUGGGUAGCAUACCAAUGACCUUUAUGGACCAUUCAAAUCAACUAUGGAGUGCCGGUGCUGGCUAUUUUUCAUGGUUCUUUUAUAUAUCCAAGUUUUAUGAAGCGGUUGACACUUUUAUAAUCCUCGCAAAAGGAAAACAAAGCUCAUUUCUUCAGACAUACCACCAUGCUGGCGUCAUGCUCUGCAUGUGGGCAGGCGUCCGAUAUGCAUCACCGCCUGCUCUUGUCGGUAUUCUUCUCAAUUCCGCAAUUCAUACUUUGAUGUAUACGUAUUUCUCGAUGACGGCGUUGGGCCUUCGGGUGCCCGUCUCAGUUAAGAGAUCUUUGACGACUUUGCAAAUUGGCCAAUUUCUUCUCGGUGCAGCCAUUGCCGUCUGCUAUCUCUUCAUUGGAUACGACAUUGCGACAAGCCAAGUUACAAAUCUAGAAGCGGACCGCCUGAUGAAAUCAAACUAUGGCAAAGUUCAGCCAAGCAUGAGUAGCCAUCCUGAUUCCAUUUCUUCUGUGCCCGUUGCCGGGCCGGUUUUUGAGGUCCAAGAAACUCCGUGUCUAUGGAAUAGUGGGCAGACACUUGCACUAUUUGUGACUCUGGUCUACCUGGCUCCCUUGGUUUACCUUUUCGUAUCCUUUUUCAGUCGUGCAUAUAUCAAGCGUGUCAGGAAACUCGAUUAG